GGUAUAAGUAUCAGACCCGUCUCUCCAGUUGCGGUAUCUGAGUUGCCGAGGUCGAACAUCCACCGCCAUCUCUUUGAAGAAAUCCAGCUGGAUAUCAACGGCCACGAUAGGCUGACGUUCUUGAGAACCACCCUCUGUGCGCAAACAAUGAAGGUAAGGUAUCUUCGUCUGCAUUCGAAUUCCCUAGCCCAUCUCCCACCACAUUGUCAGUGCCGGAACCAGACGCUAACCCAGGCGGACUCAACCCAGACCACCAACGCCGCACUUUUUCUCGUCAGCCUUGCGCUGAGCGCUCGGCCGCUGCUCGCAGCACCCGUUGGCUCGCCCGCUAGCGAGACAUCUCGCAACCCGGCCAACGUGCUGGCGAAGCGCUCCUGGGUCCUGAACUGCACCCAUGGGGAGACCGAGAGGUGCAUGGGCAACUGGGGUACGUUUUGCGACGGUUCCUGGGUCAUGUCGGACGACUGGUGGUGCUACGACCACUGCCGUUGUUACUGGCAGUAUGACUGCGGGCAUUUGACUGGAUGCCGGACUGGCGGCCCGGGAGAGGAUGAAAAGGGGGAGGGAGAGGGAGGCGGUGCGACUGAGGCGGUCGAGGCGGCUGUGCAGCCGACCGACGUGGAGACCCCCCAGACAAAGUGAUUGUUGCAUGUGUUCGUCGGUUUCGUUCGAGUACUGUAUCUGUAGUACCUACCUGCCUUAGAUAAGAAUCACUCUGUACUCUUUUGACUAGGGUACAUUGACUCACCUU